ACAUCAAAUGUUAUACAUUGCUAAGUAGAAUAACAACAUAUCAACAACAUGAAGGCCAUUUUCUUCCUCCUCCUUAUAGUCGUAGGAGCAACAGCGGCUGCAGCCGCUCCUCAAAUCAACUGCCAGAGCUGGCGUCUGGCAGUUGAGACCAACAACAUACGUGAUUGGACAGUGCCCGCUCAAUGCAAAGGCUACGUGAGUGAGUACAUGACGGGUCAGCAAUAUCGCGAUGACUGCAACGCCGUGGUCAACGCUGCUAUUGAGUAUGCCAGGACCCUUAACGUUUCCAAAGAAGGCAAGGACCUUUGGGUCUUUAAUAUUGAUGAAACCACCCUCUCUAACGUUCCUUAUUAUGCUCGUCCUGAGGUUGGAUUUGGGACAACAAGAUCCAACAUGCUGAAGUUUGAAUCGUGGAUUAAAGAAGGAAAAUCACCAGCAAUUCCAAGCGCACUCAUUCUGUAUAAAACGUUGUUGGAUUUAGGUAUUAAACCAAUAUUUAUCACAGACACAAAAGAAGAACUCAGAGAAGUGAGAAUGACCAACCUAAAGAAAGUUGGCUACCAUUCAUGGUUCAAAUUCAUCUCCAAGGGGAAAAAUGAUAGUUCAGUAUAUUCAGAACAUUCAGGUAACUGGAAAACUCAAAGGAGGGCUGAAUUGGUGAAAGCUGGAUACAGACUUGUUGGCAACUUAGGAGGGUGGGAUGAUAUUAUUAUAGACUUUUUGAUGCGCACUUUCAAAAUGCCGAAUCCCAUGUACUACUUUUAGGUGUUGAAUUAAUUACGAAAUAAGGCUUUCUGAAACGUUUCAGAAAGCUAUGAUAUUAAUGUCAAUUGAUGAUUAGUUCA